AUGACCAUGUCACGCUCGCGCUCGCCUCCCCGCCCCCGUUCGGCUUCGCCCCGACGUGCGUCAUCUGCUUCACCAUUUCAACCCACUUCCCCGCACUCCGCCGCCUACGAGGGUGAGGAAUACGACGGCGAAGACUACGGAGACGACGACGACGACUACGAGGGUAAUGAGCUCACUCAUAGUGAGAAAGUCCGCCUCUACAUCGCCGACUCGCCCUCGCCAACUGGCUCUCCUAUCGAGGAAGACGAGUCUAUUCUCAACGCCGACGAGCUACGCACCAAGCUACAGGAGGCCAAGCGUCAACGUGGCGCUGAGUACGUCGAGAAGACCGAUAUCAAGGACGUGCUCCGUGUUGAACACGAGCGGGCUGAAACCUUGGCCGACCACCUCAGCGCGUAUGAGGCGAACGUCGCUAGGAUCAAGAAGGAGCUCGCUGCUCUCCAGGCCGAACUCGCUGCUGCCCGGGACCGUGAGGCCAAAAAGGACGACGAACUCGCCGCUGUCCAGAUGAAACUGAAGGCCCUCGCCCUGAAAGGUGGACCGGCUCAAGUCACACUUCCGGUGCGUGUUAACACGAAGUGCCGCAACUACGACCAUCCGCGUGUCACUUGUGCCGGAGGCAAUUGUGCUCGUGUCCAUCACGAUGACGGCAAGGUCGAGGUGAUGAAGGAUGUGUAG